ACAGGUUUUAUCAUGCAUGGAUUCAGUGACAGAUCAAUUUUUUUUUUAAAAAAAGUCACUAUUCUCGUGGAGCCUGUAAUUGCGAAUCAUGCCGUCGUUUGGUUUGCCCGGUCUUUACCUAUCCGCGUCCUCUUUUUUCUUUUUUAUCAAACACAAUGACCGAUAGUUCUCUGGAACCACCACCAUCGCGGAGUGGCUCGACCACGCCCAAGAAAAUGCGCAUGACCAUGGCAUGCGAACGUUGCAGGUAUCCACGGCUAAUGAUGAAGAUGCACGACAAUGCUCGGGGUUUUUCACCAUGGUUCCAUUAUGACUCAACUGUUUAAGUAUAGAUUAAAGAAAGGUAUGCCCUGACAAGGCGAGGCUCGGACUAGGUUCCCGGGAACGAAAAACUCGCCCAAUAUUGACAUUGCAUACCCAAUGGUAGUGAAGUGCGAUUUUGCUCAUCCCACAUGUUCGCGCUGCCGAAAGACCAAAGCGACAUGCUCUUACAACGGAUCAUCGACCCAGGUCGACCUUUUCAACUUUGUCCAUUUGAACAACACCGUCGAUAUGCUGCAAGAACGGAUACAAUCCGUUGAAGCGGAUAUGAAUGACAUGUUGAAUCGGCCACACCAGAUCACCGAUAGGGAUCGCCUAGCAUCCAACGAAUCUAUCACCGAAUCAAUGUCUGCCAUCACCGUUGCACCUCGCCAGUAUACAAAAAUCAACGGUUCAUGGAUUGGCCAACGGCGAGCUCCAUGGACUUUAUCGUUAUCAUCCAAUGGAUUACGCAUCGAUACCGACAUUCUUUCACUGCAAGACGUACGCAACCUUUUGUUGUCUGGAUUGUCAAACCGAAACCUUGGUUGUGCAACCGAUCAACACGCAUCUCAGUGGUCUGAAACCGACCCAGAAUCAUGUCUCGAAACGGCUGAUAGCACCACCGUGGCCCGCAAAAUGCCUCUGUGGAAAACCAAGUUAAAAACAUUUCCCUUGUACAGUUCCUGGGAACCUUUUUCUCUGAACCAUGAGGAUCCCUCUCCACCGUCCUGCACGUCUUGUCCAUUACUUCAAUAUCUACCCAGCGAAAAACUGGAACAUCUCAUGGCUAUCUACUGCGAAUGUUUUCUUUGCCUACCCUACGUUCACCAGAAAGGCUCAAUGGCCGAUCGUUACGCACAAGGCUCGCUCGAUCCUCUGCUCCUGAACUCCAUUUUUGCAUGGGCCGCACGUCAUGCCGCCAUUUAUCAUGACUUAUUUCCUGGGAAAGAUCCCAAUCAAGUAGGCGAACCGUUUUUCAGAAAAGCGAAACAGCUGCUCAAAGAUAAAUUUCUGUCGGCCCACAUCGAUACCGUUCACAGUCUCAUUGUCAUGUACAGCUAUGCCGUUGGUGUCCCAUUAAGCUACAAUCCUCAAGCCGAGUCGGAAGCGUACCUGUAUCUUGGCCUGGCCAAUCGUAUGGUACUGGAUCUCAAGAUGCAUCAGGAACCGAAUGGUGCUGAUCCAAGAGAAAACGAACUGUGUCGACGGUUGUUUUGGACACUUUAUUUUCUUGAAACCUUGUGUUCAAUUCAUUCCGACAAGCCAUUUUCGCUUCCCUUGAUGGAGUUCAUUACCACCGAAGAUCCGUCCUUAACAGAUCAAGAGACCGGCGAAGUCCAAUGGCGAACGGAAUUCAUGAUUUACCGGUAUAAAAUUACGCGCAUCUAUCGCGAUAUCAUCCUGAAAACCGCCGAAGAAAACCCUUUGCUCGCCAACAUUUCAAAACUUGACCAAGAGCUCAAGGAGUGGUAUCAAGCGUUGCCACCGUACUUUCAAUUCACCCCGGGAGAUUUGAAAACGCGCCAGUGGAGAAGCUCAUCGUUUCGCGAACAGGCGUGCAUCAAGCUGAAUUCAGAGUACAAUUUCCAACUGUGCCAAUUGUAUGGGCUGUUCUUCUCUCGCGUGCAGGAUGAUACUCAGCAUCAGGCUGAGCAGCCCUUGUCGGUAAUCGAGCUGUUAUCCAAAGAAGUCUGUAUCCAAGCGGCUGAUACCAUUGUGGAGUUGCUGCAAUGCUGGCAACAGCUUGAACAGCGGUGGUGUCAUUUAUCAUUGGAAACCCUCAUGAUGGCAAGCAUGAUUUAUCAGGCGUUGCUGUGUCCUUCCAGUUCCAGCAAUGUCGACUGGGCAAGGCACCAGCUGAAACUUAUUGCUGACAUUCUGUCCUGUUCACCCAUCAAACAUCACAAGUACGUGUUUGUCCUCGUCGAUCGAAUCCACGGUUUAUUGAAUGCAGAAAAAUGCGAACCACUGGAUUUCUCCGUUCCCAUCUCCAUGUCCUAUCCUUUUAGCGCAUCCCAAAAUAACCCUUCCACAGACGAAUCACCAUCCACGCUGAACCUUGAUCCCUCCUUUCACUUUUCCGAAUCGCAGGAACUGAUCCCUUCAAUGUUUGAUGCGUCUUAUCCUGCCGACGAUGAAAUCAAUUGUCAACAUUCAGUAUACUCUUGCCCAGCAUUCACCGACACGUCAAUGCCUGGCGCCCACCAUAACACUUCAUCCUUGGAUGUCAAACCUUUGAUACCAUUGAACGGAUCCGCCCCGUACCAGUACCAGUACCAUCCUUCAUCGAUGCUAUCUCCAUGUUCCCCCAUACCCUAUGCCGCGAAUCCAGCCAUUGAAAUAGCUUCUUCAUUGCCCAUGCCGCCUUUUUGGAUGCGAUCUUCGCCUGACAUGCUUUAUAACUCUACGGGUUUCCCAAGAUUAGAGAAUUUUUAUCCACCUGUCCAUGCCAUCCAGGUGCCAAAAUCGACUUUUUCUUUUUCCCAAACCCCCAAUUGACCAGCAACCAUCACCAACUUACGUUGGACCUAUCGGUUUGACAAUAACCAAUUCAAAUGAUUCCUGAUAAAAUCAAAUGAUGCAUGUAACCAUUAUUUUAUUCGUCCUCAAUGUCGCCAUUGGCUGUAUUCUAUUCUAUGUACCUUUUUUCUUAUCGAUUGGCUUUGUCAGACAGUUACUCACAACUUAUUGGAUGAUACUUAGCAGACUGGGUACUUGUAUUAUUAACCGAAAUAAUAAAAACAUCGCUGCCCAUUCCAAAACUACUCCAUGCCAACGCUUCGUUUACCAGUAUGUAUAUUGCGUGUGUUUUGCUACCCAUGCCUCUAGGACCACAGAAUGUUUCUACAACCUAUAGAGAGCGAAAAACACAGAUAGCUCGUAAGA